AUGGCAUUAGAUUCGAUUUAUGGAAAGGGGAGUCACAAAAUUAAAAAUACUGAACAUGAUACAAAUCAAAAUAUUACGGAUAAUAAUCUGAACACAAGUGACACAGAAAUUGAUGAAAACCAUAGAACUAUUAAUAGUAAUAUUGCAUUAGCUAUAAGGAAGAAUCUGGACCAUAUUACUGAUUUUAAUGUGAAUGGGAAAUAUAGUCUUGAAGAUUUAGAAAAUGCUAUGUUUGGAGAAUCAAAACCAUUAGGUGAAUAUAAAAAUAUUGAUAAAGACGGUGAUUUUACUAUGAUGGAUAUUGAUAAAGAUGAAGAUAUAAAAUUUGUUUCUCAAAUUAUUCGAAAUCAACGAGCGAAUUCUAAUUUUAUGGCUCAAUUAACACGUUCAAGAAGUAAUUCUCUUUAUGACUAUUCAAAUGAUAUGAUAAAUCCAUCAGUUACUCCUGUUCCAUAUAAUUCGAUUCAGAGUUCUACGAGAUCUACAAUAUUUGUAGUUGAUACUAAUUUUAUCAUAUCUCAUUUAAACACUUUAGAAGGUUUAAGAACUUUGAGUGAACAAUAUCAUCAUACAAUUAUGAUCCCCAUGACGGUAGUAAAAGAAUUGGAUGGUUUAAAACAUUCUGAAAAAAUUGUCAAGCAUCUAAAGGAACAGAAGCGUUCUAAUUCUCACGAUGAUGAAGAAGAGCGUGCUGUUGGCCAAUUGGCACGUUGGGCAAAUAGCUGGAUUUAUAAAAACUUGGCAAAUAGAGAUUCAGGAAUUGCAGUUCAACGACAUUCAGAAAAAUUGGAUAAAACUUGUAUAAAAGAUGAUGCCAUCUUGGAUUGUUGUCUUUUUUUCAACCAAGAAUCAAGCCCCUUUUCAUUAGUUGUAUUGCUAUCCAAUGAUAAAAAUCUUUGUUUAAGAGCUCUAGGAGAAGAUAUUUUAACCAUUUCGUUUACUAAAACAAUGAAUUCAAAAUUAAUAGCCUCUACAACAUAUCAAGAAUUCCUUACCAGACAACAAAAAUAUCAAACAUCAUUAUCCACCAAUUCCACUAUAAUAAAUUCUCCACUGAUUAACAAUAAUAUUUUGAUUCCACAGCCCAAUUGUGCCGGUACUGCUCCUCAUAAUAACAGUGAAUCGCAAUGCCAUAUUGAACAACAAUUUCAAAAUACACAACAAGCUCAAUAUCAAAUCCCAGUAGAUUUUGUUCAAGCAACAAAUUAUAUAUUUGAGCAAACACAAUCAUAUCUUAUAUAUGCCAUAAACAGCAUUAUGUUUGAUUCUUAUGGUGAUGAUUUAUCACUUCUGGAUUAUAACGUUGAUAGUAUUACUACAAUUACUGAUUGCGUCAAUAUCUUAUACAAAUACUGGUCAUCAGUAUUUAGUGAGUUUUUCAAGAAUACACAGAUCCAUCAAGACUCUUGGACAGAAUUCCCAAGCCAAUUAUCCUAUAUUCCAACUACUCCGAAUAUAUUACAAAUAUUUUUAAAAUUCUGGUCCAAUAUUCUAAAAAUAUUGUACAGCCCUAGUGACCUUCAAUAUAGAGAUACAAUAUCUACUGAAAUACAGAAAUGGCACGAAAUAUCUUUAUUAUUUACAAAUCCAAAUUAA